GAACACAUGGGCAUCAUAGGCCUCGGAGAACCAGGAACAUCAUUUCAGCAGUGUAUGGAUGCCAUUUCACCAUACAUAGAGAAACUGCAGGAAGGUUAUUAUGCUGACUGCCCUUACUAUGGGGGUGAGGUGUUUGUUUGUGGAGGAAUUGGCGAGAUCAAUGCAGACAUGCCCCAGGCAAACCACUGUGCCAACUGUUUGUCAUCCACUGCAAACAAAAGAUGUAGGUUUUGCACGGUUGACAAGGCCGACCUCUCCAACCCACAGGUGGCCAGUGAAGCACCCCGCAGGACAAAGGCCAACACAAACAACAUUAUCGCUGCCAUGUCUGAAAUGGGUGUUGUGGAGAGGAAACAACAUGAAACAGAGACUGGGACCCUGUAUAGCCCGAACAACCAGCUGUUCUCCGAUGGCAUUGUCAUUGAACCACACAUUCAGACAAGGAUCGAUCACUUCCACCUCGAUGCUCUUGGUGUUGGAAGACUGCAAAUAAGUCUGAUUUGGGGCAACGUGAAGACACAAGUCCAACAGUUCCUCAGUGAUCUGAUUGUUGCAAUCGACAGACCUCAUUGGCUCAAGCAGCUCCCAGAUCUUCAUCACUUGGCAUGUGCCACUGGCUGUGAGGUGCUCCAUCUUAUUCAGAUGUGGACCAUAAUAACCAGAGAUGUUUUGUGUUGCCCUGAGGCAUUUACAGCAGCCUCUGCUGAAUAUAUUGGCCGCAACAACUGCCGCCUUGUCACCAAAGCCAACAUCUUGCUGAGUGGCUACUUGUCUUCAAUCCGAUCGGCAAGUCUAACUGACGAGGAAGCGAGGCAACUCCAGGUUCACAUAUGUGACCAUCACAGACUAUUUGAGAGGAUAUGGAAGGCAGAGGUGGCAAACCGGGCUAACAUCCAUUGUGGCUAUCACACUGGGGAGCAAAUAGAUGUACUGGGCCACCCCAUGAUUGGUGACUGCAACCGCUUUGAGCGAUACCACCACAGGAUCAAGGACAUGGUUAUCGCUCACAAGAAUGGCGUCAGUAUCGAGAAAACAAUGGUGAAGAGGAUUGCAGUGUUGGAUGCCCUUUGCACAUUGUCAACACCAAAUGAUGGAGCAGCAGAAAAUACAUCUGUCCAUGGGCUUCCAGGCUACGCCCCUGUUUACAGGCCAUCGGGAUCAGUCACACUGAUAUCUGCCACUGAACUUCGGCAAAGACGUGGGCUUGGGUUACAGCUUGGAAACCAAAUGCCAGAGUUAUCCCAUCUGAAAGUGGCAAAAAUGAUGCGGCAGCCGGACCUCAUGGAGAGGAUGGGGGAUAGAGUCCUGACAUGGGAACAGAUCUUCCUUGGACCCAAGGUUUGGAUAAGGGGGAAGCCUGUCAUCACCAUCAUUGACAACCCUCUUUCUGGGCAACCGGAGAGAUGCAUGAAACACCAGAGUGCUACACUGUCCCCACAAAAAUACAAAUUUGAUAUAAAGACUAUCAAAGUUGGCUCAUUUGUGGAGACAGCCCCCCUCAACCCAACCCAUGUGAACGACAGGCAACCAGUGAAAAUCACCGCCAUAUGGGCUACCAUCUCAGAUAAUCCGCUGGUCCUGUUUGAGGACCAUCUUCCUGCCACAACACAGAGAAGAUCCCCUGACAGGCUGCAAAGAGUAUCAAGAAGGAGGAAAACUACUCUUUCCGACAGCAGCCAUCACUGA